AUGACCGCAGGGGCAAUCGAAGCAGUGCUACGAUAUGCCUAUGUUCAUGGGUAUUCCUGCGAGCAAUGGGCAGAACCCACAAGGCAAUGCUUUCAAAGAGUAGAUCACAAACUUGACAAAGAGCUGUGUGAUGUCUUAUUAAACCAGAUCUUUUGUCUCAUACGUGUCGCCGAUCCAUUGUUGGAAUCUUACUUGACCUUUGCAACCACCGGCCACAAAGAUCUCACAAGUCCAUUAUUGCCUGGAGCAUCUCUGCUGGAUCCUAUUUUUAUUUCACCCAAGGUUCUUUUACAGUCGCUUGCGCAAUACGUCGAUAGUACCGCAGGACGUAAUCCACGCCAAUGGGCAUAUUUACUCCGGCUGGUGUCUGUAUUAUUAGCACCUUUGGAUGCCGAAAAGAUUGUGAAUAGUGUCCACCAACAAAAGAUUGUGGAUUCAGACCAACCAAGCCAGGACGACUGGUUUGAUGUGCUUGCGACUGUAUUUGUGAUGCUCUCGCGACUGGUGGCCGUAGGACUGGAGCACGAAUCCAGAGACCGGGAACCAAAGCCAGGACCUCGCCUGGUUCGGUCCGCGAUCUCAUUUCAGCGCGGAAACACACAGCCUGGAGAUAUCUCAACAAUCUGGCCCAGCAGCAGUAACUACCUGUCUUCGCAAACCUCGGCAUAUGAUCCAGAGGCAACCAUUGACGAAGACAGUUUUGGACACGAGGCUUUAGAAGAAGAAAAAGAACAGGAUAUCAAGUCAUCAGCCAAGCGAAGGAGAACCGGAGCUGGAGAUGGAAUCGGGGCUGGAGCUAGAAAUGGAAGUGGAAAUGAAGAAGACGAAGACGAAGAAGACGAAGAGGAAAAGAUUGAAAGGUCGAAUGCCAUCAUGGCUUCUCAGAUUAUGAUUGAUCUGAUUGAAAAGAAGAGUGCCAAGAGAAUGUUUGAGGUCAGGCAAAACCAAAAGAGACAACAUGGUCAUGAAUCUACAAGUGAAGAACCAUGGGCAACAUGCCAAGAAAUUCUGACAGGGCCGUCUCUCCAUUCUUCUUCAAAAAAAUCUGGAGUGGGAUCUCUUCGCCAAAAUCCCCAUGUACAGAAAUUACUUAUCUUGAUUGGGCGCUUAACAGAUAGAAAUUUGGAGAGGAUGAUGGCGGUACAUAUGAAGUAUCACGAAUUAGAAGAUGAGGGAACUGCCAGAGCCAUGCCAAGUGCAGGUCUUAUGGGUCUAUUGUAUCAUGUGGUACAAAUAAGACCCACAUUGGACGAUGAAACAAUUGUAGACCACUUGAUAAAAUUGCAAACAAUCAAGGGAUCAUUUGACGAGUCAUUUUAUCUUGAGCUAUGGUUCACAGCCCUGACAGGUUUGAGGGAAGCUUCAUUUGGCACAAGCUGCCAAACCCAGUCAUUUGAAUCAAAACUAGAGAAGAAUACUGUUGACCGCAAAGAAAAGUCUUGCAACAAUGCGAUUGCUACAAACAGAUUACUGUGGAGAAGUCUAGUGUUAGUCAAGUUGCCACAUUUGAUAAAAAUGAUGCAGAAAAAAUCAGAGGCAAAAGCAAGCAGACGGCCGUGGAAGGAACAUAAAGGAGGCUUUAAAGAUGAUGUGGUUGAAAAAGAGCUUAAUCCAUUGGAAUCCUCUCUUCUUGAGCUUAAAGCAUUUACUGGUCUGUUGAAUGCCUGUAGUCCGCCUGCCUGUUGUUCAGAUUUCUAUGCACCGUCUUCCCAGUCUUCGGACCUGGUGGACAAGCUUGGACGUGGGUCGACAGAAGACGAGGACGAUGCGUUGAUGACCCUGAUAAACACAAUAUCAGAUGAUUUUAAUACGCCUACUGUUACCAAAGCAAUUCGAUCAAUUAGCACCGAAAGUAUUUUCUUGAAUAUGGUUCAUGUCUGCGAAAGCUACGGGUUUAUUCGACCUCAUGUGGUACGAAUCCUGUCCUGUUCAUCUUCUGCUGCCGGUGGUAGUGGUAGUGCUACUGUUUCUUCUUCUGUUAAUAAAACCGAAUGUGACACCACAACUGAUCUUAUGGACACUGAUAUCCUGGACAUGGACUCACCCCUGGGUAACAACAAUAGCAACAGUAAGACCCACCGAAAUCUAAUGGAAGACCCAGAAGACUGUUCGAUGGACAGUAUCGAAAUAAUCCGACAGAAUAUUGAAGCAAGAAUGGAAUCAAUUCUGAUCGAGUGCAGUAUGACAGCAGUGCGAGAACUCUUGGAGAUUUCGAUAGUAUCGCUUGUCCACCUCCGAAGAAUUAUUGAUUUUUUGAUUGAUUUACUUCAACAGAAAGCUAGUUUAGGAGACAUUGAGACAAUAGCUCAGAUCUGUAGUGCAAUGAACGCAUAUCCAUGUAUAGUUGAUCUGAUAAUCCAGCUCUAUUCCCCCCUUGCGUUCAUGGGACCGUUUGAGGAAUUGUGUAAUGGCUGGUCUCCUUCAGACAGUGGAAUGUUUAUUGACGAGGAAGAGGAGGUCAAGAGUGCCAAGAGUCUCUAUAACGAAUUUGGUACGAUAUGGAUAUUCGUGAGUUUUGUAGUUGACAGAUUCAAUCUCAUACGUGAUCUGGAUCGGGUAUUUCGUGUCAGGGAAGGAUUCUGCUACCAGUUCUUUUCACAAGGCCCAGUAGUGUACGGGAUUGAUGCUUCUGUUCCAGAUAUGGAGGUCUGGGUGAGCAAAUGGCAGAAUGCCCUGUUUGAAAAUGAUGUUACUGGUGAACUAUUGAGGGAAAUGACACCACAGAGAUUGUUGGCUAUUGGACCUACGAUAAUCAAACGAGUGAUGAUGUCUUUUGAAGAAGACGAGAUGGGAGUGAGUCUGUUGCCUAGUGUGCUUGACUAUUUGCAGGAGCCCUAUCUGCAUUUUACACUCGGACCAAUUUUGAUGCUGCUGUGUGAUGAGCUUAUGAGCACACAAUACCGAACAGCGCUGAUGUGUUUGGACCGACUGAUUAUUGAAGGGAACCUCCCUGAACUUCUGGUGCGACAAUGCGGAGGAGUUAUUUUGGGUUCACUGGAAAGUAUAGCAGGAGAGAAUCAGACUUAUAACAAUGGUGAGAAUGAUGCCGAAGAAAAUGAAAGAAAACGUGCACGAAUGAAUCGGAUUAAGACGAGGGUUGAGUCAAUAAUGGAGAUUGAGGACAGUGAUGCAAGGUUUCCGCCGACUGAGACGGUUACCACACGUGUCACUCGUCAUUCGUUAUUUUCCAAAACGCAGGAGAUGUUCCGGGCGAUCGUGAAGGGCGGACGGUCAAUGUUUAUGAGAGAUAUGGAUGCAGACACACAUGCGUUGUGGGAUCAGUCCAAAGGCACAACUCAGAUGGUAGCACACUAUCUUGAUAUGGUUUUAUUCCAGACAGCCUUGGAGAUGGGAGGUCCGCGAUGGUUUAUUUCGAUGAUUGUACAAGAGGUUCUUGAGGCAGGCAAGAGUGGAGGUGCUGUUAGAGCCGCUGAAUUGGGAUCAUGCUUGAUAGCCAUUCCACUGUCAUUUUCGUCGCAUGGACACAAUGGAUGUGUAUAUUUACUCCAGUGUCUUUUGCAAGACAUUCUUCCGUCCAGUCUUCGGCAGUCUGCAGCAAACAAUGGGUCGUUCUUUCAAGGCCAGACACUUGGGGUUUUUACGAGCGACUGCCUUGUGCUGAUGCAUGGACGGCCAUUGGAUGACAAGCUAGAUGACACUGAUGACAGGAUGGUUAGGGCACUUGGACGGAUAUUCCUCAACAGUCUUGGAAUGGAAGGACAUGAGACAAGCCAGCCAAGUGAGGCUGACGUGAUGGAGUGUGGCCAGUUUGCAGAGUGGACUGGAGAUAUUACCAAGAGUGCGGUUUGGAGAGGGUUUAUCAAGGGGUUAAUGAGUAACCCAUCGAUCAAUGAUGCAUGGCCAGAUGCUUUUAUUUAUUGAUAAUAAUAUAUUUAUAUAUUGAAAACUUUAAUUAUCGGUUAAUUCCG